UUUGCGUUAUUUCAUUUGAUGUUGGAAAAAGAAACAAACAAUGUUACGUUUUUUGAUUAUUGUCAUCAGUUUUUAUACUGUGUCCGGUGUUGAAUAUGCACCGGUCAUACAAAUCGAUUCCGGUUUAGUACGUGGAUUUCGAUCACAAUUAAACGAUAAUAGUGUUGUUGAUAUUUAUCAAGGAAUUCGUUAUGGUGAAGCAAAACGAUUUGAAAAAUCAAAAUUUGUUGAAAAAUGGUCAGGGAUUUAUGAUGCUAUUGAACAACGUGAUACAUGUCCACAACCGGGUAAACAAAUGAAAAAUCAUUCAAUUGUUUCAAACUCAAAUACAAUGAGUGAAGAUUGUUUAUAUCUUAGCGUUUAUAAACCGGAACGUUCACCAAAAAUUUAUUUACCUGUUAUGGUUUGGAUUCAUGGUGGUGCAUUUAUAACCGGUUCUAUAUUUGAUGAUAUUUAUAAUCCAAGCUAUAUGGUUUCAAUGGGUAAAGUUAUCGUUGUUACAAUUAAUUAUCGUCUUGGUGCAUUUGGUUUUCUUUAUGAUGGUACGGAUAAUGCACCCGGAAAUCAAGGAUUACAUGAUCAAAUUUUAGCACUUAAAUGGGUACAGAAUAAUAUUGGUCAUUUUGGUGGUGAUCCAAAUCGUGUAACUAUAUUUGGUGAAUCGGCUGGUUCAAUGUCAAUAUCGGCAUUAAUUCUAUCACCAUUAACAAAAGGAUUAUUCGGUAAAGCAAUUCUGCAAUCUGGUGCAACUAAUGCCUAUCUUGGAUCAUGUGAAAAAAAUGAGGCAUUAAAUAAAACAAUUCAUUUAGCACAACGAUUAAAUUGUUAUGAAGAAUCAUUUAAUUCAACAAUGAUCAUUGAAUGUUUACGUAACACUAGUGUCGAAGAUAUUUUGAAUGCAACUAAAGAUGAUAUACUCAAUGGCCGUCUAAUGAUUCCUAUCUAUGGUGAAACAUUGAUGCCAAUUUCACCGAACAAAGCAUUGGAAACAAAACAAUUCAAUCCGAUUGACAUUAUGUUCGGUGUAAAUCGAAAUGAAGGAUCUAGUUUUGUUAAACGAUAUUUUUCAGCAGUCCAACCGGACAUUAAACAUCCUAAUAUGACAUUAUCAAAGGCCAAAGCAUUAAUAUGGUUAAUGAUGAUGGUGUUUGAAAAAUCCAAUCAAACUGCUCAAAAAAUUACCAAUUUUUAUAUGAAACAAUUGAAUGAUAAAUCCAAUAUGGAUGAUAUUAGAAUAAUUAUAGCUGAUGCUUUUGGUGAUUAUCAUCUUGUUUGUCCAACAAUGUUAUUUGGUGAAUAUUUUUCACGUGGUUUAAAUUCAUCGAUCAAUACAUUUUAUUCAUAUCGAUUAAUAUUACCACUUUCGAAUGGACCACUUAGCUGUAAAGGUUGGGAAGGUGUUUGUCAUGGUGAAGAUGUUGUAUAUUUAUUUCAUGUUCCUAUGGAUCCUCAUACAUAUACAAAACAAGAAAUUCAAUUAAGUAAUGAUAUGAUUUAUUCAUGGACAAAAUUUGCAUGGACAGGACAUCCAAAUUCAUUGAAAAAUUUGGAUGAUAAUCAAACAGUUGAAUGGAUGGAAGCAAUCAAUCAGAAACAUAAAUCCGAAAGUGUAUCAUUUAUGUCAUUAGAUUCGAAUCAUUAUCAAAUGAUUACAAAUUUUUUCCAAACUAAAUGUGAUCAAUUUUGGAAACCAAUUUUAUUUAAAGAAUAA